CCGCUGCUCACUGCCGACUGCGGACGGACGGUCGACCAAGCAGCCACAUCCAGCAAAGCAUCAUGCCAAAGACAAGGCGUUCAACACAGUCUCCAGCGGAAGGCACCAGUCCUGAAGAAGGCGGCGAUGAUGAAGAAGUGUAUGAAGUGGAGAAGGUGCUGGACCACUUUGUCUUGGAGGAAGGCGUCAAAUGCUACUACCUCAAGUGGAAAGGGUACCCAGAAGAAGAAGCAACAUGGCAGAGAGAAGACGAGAUGUUUGGCUGCGAAGCGCUGGUGAAAGAGUAUGAGCGGAAGCAGCGUGCGCAGGCCAAAGCCCCAAAGAGGGCGAAGAAGACCAGCACGCCGAGGAAGAGGAGAUCAGCAGCAACACCAGCGAAGCAGAAGCAGUCCCAGCGAGCAAAGGGUGCCGCGGCUCAGCGGCGAAAGGCAGGCACUUCACCCAAGAAGGCAGCACCAGCACCAGCAGCGAAGGCAGCACCAGCACCAGCAGCGAAGGCAGCACCAGCACCAGCAGCGGAGACAGCACCAGCAGUCACGACGCGCCGGCGAUCCCGCCAGCAGGUGCAGGCCGAAACGACAGGUGCGGCGCAGGAGGAAGCCAGCACGGGUGGGGAUGAUGAUGAUGGUGCUCGUCGUGGUGGCGGCCGUGGUGUUGAAGCGACCGCAGAGACGGGUGCCGCUGAUCAGUCGAAUUCGCCAGCGACGAUACAACCCGACAGGACAAAAGCGGGCGCUCUUAGGAGUGCAAAGACGAAGAAGAGAAGGACAAGCACUCUGACAAAGACAUCUGUCAAAGCACCAACUUCGGCAACGCAAGGUGCAAGGAGGCCUGUCAAGGCAGCCACACCACCACAACAGCAGCAGCAGCAGCAGCAGCAGCAGCAGCAGCAGCAGCAGCAGCAGCAACAGGAGGAGGAGGAGAGCGGCGCCCAGCACGACCAACAGGCGCAAGAGGAAGCAGAAACAUCGACAUCGGCCCAUGAGCACCUCCCACCCAAGCCAACGCUUGCAUGGGCGUCUGCUCAACCCCAAUCAUCCGCCCCCUCCCCGCUGUCGCCCGUGGUUGCGGGUGUGACGACGGCAGCGGUACCGGCGCCAACAACACCGAGCGCAGUGCAGCGCAUAUCCGCUGCUGUGCCCAACGCGGUGUCGCCCGCGCCACCCGAGCCCGCAGGGUCCAAUGCCCUUGCCCUGCUGAGCGACCGGCUGGGCAUCGUGAUUGCUGAUCUCCACGCCGCUGCGAGUUCAAGCCCCGUCAUCCCACUGCUGCACGCUGCGCGCGACCUGCUCGACAAGAUGCAGGCCGUGCCCGGCCACGCAGCAGUGGUGCCUGCGGCUGUGACGGUUGUGAAGCGCGUGGCGAAGCUGGCCGAUGACUUCAACCAGAUGGUCAAGUUUGUGGCGGAGAGGAAGAACACGGAGCAGCGGUGGCAGUCGGAGGUGCAGCGGCUUCAGCAGCAGUCCCGACAGCGGGAGGCAGCCAUGCAGGGCCAGGUGCAACAGGCGUCGGUGGUGCGUCUGCAGCUGCAACAGAGCCAGCAUCGUCAGCAGCACUUGCAACAGGCCGUGCAGCAGUCGCAGCUCAAGCUGAAGCAGGAGCAGCAACGGCGCCAGGAGUGCCUGCAGCGUAUUACGCAGCUGCAACACGAAAAUUCGCAGCUGCUGCUGUUCCGCACACAACAGCUGCAACACAAGCACCGGCUUGAACAGCAACUCGACCAACUGCAACACCAGCUCAACCACCAUCAGCAGCAGCAACAACAACAACAACAGCAGCAGCAGCAGCAGCAGCAGCGGAAGCCCCGCAAGAUGGAGUCGUGGGGUGACACGUGCUUUGUGUGUGGCGAGCACGGCUCACUGCUGUGUUGUGAGUUCUGUUCAAAUGUAGCUCACCCGCACUGCGUAUCUGGGUACCCUCUCUACGCGCCUCAAUUCGCCUGCGUCAAGUGCACACACCUCCUGCCUCGCCCAACCAUGAAGACAACGUUCCCUUCUGGUGUUUCCACGGAGGAGACGCGGCUGGUGGAGGCCAUGCAGAAGCAGCACGGGCCCCUGUCCCCACACGAUGCCGUGGUCAAGUCUGGAAACAAGAAGCAGAUCAACCAACGAAUCCACUUGGUUGCGCAGAUGGUGAACCGCUUGGGCUCGCUCAUGUCGCGCGUCAAGACCGCUGCCACUAUCACUGCCAAUGGUGAAAAGAGCGGUGACAGGGCUGACGAUAAGAAUGGUGACAAAGAGGCUGGCGAUGAGGGUAAUGACCAGGGUGGUGGUGGUGAUGACGGGAAAAAGGAGGCGAGUGGUACGACUGCUUCUGGUGACAAUGGUUUGGACACGGCAACAGCUGUUGUUGCGUCAUGAUGAUUUCGCACCGUGCACCCGGUGUUCGCCACACUUUACCGUUUCCGCGUUUGUUUUGAGUGCACUGAUUGCACCCUUCUUGCCUGUGCUUGAGUGUGCUUGCGGUUUGUCUGUCCGUGUCCCGGUGGGUCUGUUGAGUCGCGUGGUCGUUGGUUGGAUUGUUUAUUGUUCGUGCUGCGACGGAUCUGUUGGCCAAUAACGUGAUGCGCCCACGAAAGUUAAACAAGAAACUACAUAGCCUGUCAUGUCAGCCUGA